CUAGACAGUAAAGCUUUUAAUGUCAGUCUUAAAUAUUUGCAAAAAUUAUAGGUUUAUAUUUGAGAUUCCCAAUUGAAUACUUUGUUUUUUUGCCAGUGCCUGACCAGGACGAAAUCCAAUCACCUGCCUACCAGUUCGGGGAAAUCAUCGACCUGCCACCUGGGCGACACACUUCAUUCGAUUGUCGGGGAGGCUUAGAUUGAUGCCCGACUCUGCGAAAUCAUUUCAAAAUUUCAGUUUCUAGUCAUCGUCCUUGCGCACCUGCUCAAAUCCCUUGUUAAGAAUGACGGUCCUCAUGUUGCAGGCACGACGUAAUAGGUCAGUGAAGCGGAUCGGCUGGCGGCGUUUGUUAACGCUUGCCCUGGAAUCGAGACCGGAUCCGGUGGACCUGAAGGCAAUGUAUCUCGUCCAGGAGAGGCUCCAGCAGGAUCUGAUGGGUUGCGAGGCAUUAUUGUCCAUUUUUGCGGCCGCUGCCAUGAGCUAUCGCUAUCGGAGCAGGCUGAGACCCUUUCCCCAGCACUGGGCCAGCAUAGAUCAUCUGUGUCACACUCUGAGCGAUGUCCCUCCACUGAGUAUCCUGAACCAUGAGCUCAUGCAUUGCGAUUACAUGUCCUGCUCCCCCAAUGUGUCACGCCUCUUGACGGACAUUUUGGUGGAGCAGGGCGAUCGCGUGUCCUUGAGCUCGCUGCGACCUUGUGAGUUUCCUGAGCUAUACGCUCACCUGGGCAUGCCAGCUCCACAGCGAACACCCACACAUAUCUUCGAGGUGCGAUUGGGUAAGGGAAAUCCCAAGGCCGAGGCCUAUUUCCGUCUGCGGCGGAACAAUAAAGAGUCUGUGAGACUCGGUUUCUAUGGCUGCAAGCUGGAGAAGAUGUAUGCCCUGCUGAAUGACCAAUAUCUGACGGAUGGCAAGUGUGUUGAACUGACUUGCAAUGUGAAUGAGGCUUUGGCUAGGAGUAAACCCCAGGCCGGCUUGGGUGGCUCCCGGUGUGGCUCCAUUCUGCGCUGCGUGGCCGUGGUGGAAUUCGUGUUCCGCGACAACGAAACAAGUCCGGAUAAGCAACAUGUCCUGAUCCGAGAGGCGGAAACUAUGCAAAUCUCGUACCUAAUGGUUUACGGACAGAGUUGCCAGGAGCGUGAGGCCGAGGUGCAAAUGGAGCUGGAGAGGAAGCAUUUGGGCUUGAAAUUGCCCCAUUGGUUUGGUGGCCUCGAAACGGGGACCAUAUCCCUUAGUGUCGGCCUCUUGAUCGUCUCCUCAAUGUCAAAUUAUAGUUUCAACUUCUUUCGACUCUUGGCCCAUAUCGGGUUGCACGUCCUGAAGCGGGGAGUGAUGUGAAAAUUGUGAAAAUAUCGUGAAAAAUUGUCGUCAAGUUUUAUUGUAUUUUUCCAGCGACCUUGAGAUGCCGCAGGGAUUUUUCUUACCAAUCUUAGAGAGACACGUCACUCUGAUAUCGGUAAGAAAAGUCCUUUGUGACAUUGCAAAUGUGUGAAAUAAAAUCGAACUGUGUCUUAAA